AUGCAUCACUGUGACAAUAUGGGUACAUUUCUUAUUGUCCAUUCACUCAUUCAUCCAAUUUUCGGAGGAAAAAACCUGUUAUUCUAUCCGGAACAACGCAGCAGUGAUAGCAGUGAUUAUAAUAGCAUCAGCAAAAGUGUUGGUUAUGGUAGUGAUGGUACCAACAAGAGCAUUAGUAACAAUAUAAUGACUCCUCCUAGUAUUAAGGCUGAUAAAGUAACAGUAGUAAAGUCAAAUGGCGGUAGCAAGAGACGAAGAAUGGCACCAUUGACGGUAUCAAAACUCCUCAUGAUAGCCGCGGUAUCGAUGACACCGGGAAAACUGCUAAUGGAAAUCUCAAUAAUUACAAUCAAGCAACUUGCGAGAUUAAUCGCACUUCUAUUACUUCUUCUAUCAUUACUACCUGUAACAGUUGUCACCGACGAACUACUCAAUGCACGAUGCCAAACAAUGUGCCUUCAUCAAUUAGAAAUAGUCAGUGGUGUAAAAAAAUCACUUAAUUCUAUCCAUUCAUUAACUAUGAAAUUUGGCAAAUGUGAUCAGUCUCUUGAAAGCAAAAAUGUGCAAACGAUAGAUUGGAACAGACUGAGAUAUUGGACAAGUAUGAUAGCUGUCUAA